AUGCUGCUGGAUGUUCUGAAUACGACGUUGCGUACGCCGCUGCUGUGCAAGGACCUGACCACAGCGGUAGUGAGCAAGAUGGAGCGCCACAUGGGGGGGGUGGGCAAGGAGGCGUCGAUUGCCACCUUCCUCGAUCCGCGCCUCGAGACUGCACCCUUCAGGCCCAGGGCCCAGAGGGCGCAGAGUAGCGCGCCCAUUGUGGUGGAGGCGGGGGGCCAUGCCAGGGGGGCCCGGGCACUCAACCUGGGCUCAGUGCCCAAAGGGCGCAGAGUAGCGCGCCCAUUGUGGUGGAGGCAGGGGGCCAUGCCAGGGGGGGCCCGGGCACUCAACCUGGGUGAGGAGAGGGUGAAGGCACUGGCUAUGCUGUUUGCUGAGCUGGCAGAGAUGGAGGCAGAGGAGGGGGUGCAGGCACAGGACGAGGUGGACCAGUACUUGGCUGAGGCGAGGAAGGAAGGCGCAGAACCCUCCCCCUCCGCCUCCUUCUCGCAAUCAGCCAUGUCACGCUCCUCGUCUUCAGCCCUCUCCACCCUCUCCCCCACCCCAUCAACAACCGGGUCAUACGGGCACUCGCUGCCAUCACCCGAGCCGGAUCCCUCCUACUCGUUAUCCCCCCCUCAUUCUCACCCUCACCUUCCUCCCCACCCUCACCUUCCUCCCCACCCUCACCUUCCUCUCCACCCUAAACUUCUUCCUCUACCUCCAUCUCCUGCUCCACCUCCGCCCUUCCAAUUCCGUUACCUGAGGUAG